UAAAUAAGUAUGGUGAGUAUAAGGGUCGAUAACAAAAUUAGACAAGCAAACAUUUGACAGGGAAUAAGAAUUUGUACGUAUUAAUGAUCCAAAUUCGCAUGUUAUUUUGCACCUUUCAAACGGGAGAGAAGCUGAAGUCAUAAUGCCGUGAAACAGACCCAGCACUAAACCCUCUAUCCUGCAAUUUUGAUUUCUUUUCAUCCGCAUCCUCCAGAGGUUCAGAAGAGUAAGGAUUUAACAGGACUAGAGUAAGGGAAGUUUUCUUUUUCAUUUGUCCAUUGUUGAUCUGUUAAAAUUAAACUUCAGUAACUUCACGUGUCCAUCCCCAUUUGAAUUUCUUCAUACGUCAUACAGUAUUCCCAGCACUUCAUCAGUUCAUUCACACCCAAACGCCCAACACCCUCUUCGCCGAUUGAGCGAUUGUUGCAUUCGAUUGCGGAGUUGCUUUGAUGGAUUUUCAAGUGGUGGUGUUAGCAGGUGGCUUCUCCAAGAAUCUUGUCCCUCUCGUUUCUAAGGACGUGCCAAAGGCGUUGCUUCCAGUGGCUAACCAGCCUGUUCUGUCCUACGUGCUUGACCUUUUCGAGCAAAACAAUCUCAAAGAUCUUAUUGUGGUGGUUGAAGGGCAAGAUGCAGCUGCUUUAGUGGGGGCUUGGAUAUGUAGUGCCUAUGUUGACCGCCUACAUGUUGAGGUUGCGGCAGUUCCUGAAGAUGUAGGAACAGCAGGAGCACUGAGGGCAAUUGAUCCGCACCUGACAGCAAAAGACAUCUUGGUUGUCAGUGGUGAUCUGGUUUCUGAUAUUCCUCCAGGGGCUGUUGCAGCAGUUCACAGACGACAUGAUGCUAUUGUUACUGCGAUGCUUUGUUAUGCUCCAGCUGGUGGACCUUCAGAGUCAGCGGGCUCAUCUGCAAAGAAACCUGCACGCUAUAAUAUUGUUGGACUGGACCCCACUAAGCAAUUUCUUCUGCAUAUUGCAGCUGGAUUUGAAGUUGAGAAAGACAUGCGCGUUCAGAAGAGCAUACUCAGAGCAGUUGGCCAAAUGGAUAUUCACUCUGAUCUGAUGGAUGCUCACAUGUAUGCAUUCAAGAGAACUGCCCUGCAAGAAGUUCUAUCUCUUAAACCAAGCUUAACAAGCUUGAAGUGUGAUGUCUUGCCAUAUCUUGUGAGAAGUCAGCUGAGAUCUGAGUUAUCACUCAAUGGAGUGCACUCCGAAGAGAAUGGGAAUCAUAAGGAUGCUUCACAGGUUAACAGUUCAGUUUCGUUGUCUCAACUUAUGGCCAAUGCUUCUGUUCAAAGUUUUCAUGACCAAUAUACAUUUGGUGGUCCUGAAAAAUCUGUUCCAGUUCCUAAGAAAACCCAUAAGUGCUGUGUUUAUAUUGCUAACAAGAGCAAUUAUUGCAUGCGUUUGAAUUCCAUCCAAGCCUUCAGUGACAUAAACCGAGAUGUGAUUGGAGAUGCCAGUCACCUAUCUGGUUACUCUUUUUCUGCACAUAACAACGUAAUUCAUCCUUCGUCUGUGCUUGGUUUGAAAACAACGGUGGGACCACAUUGUAUGCUGGGAGAGGGUUCAGAAAUGGGUGAUAAAUGCAGCGUAAAAAAGUCCAUCAUUGGUCGCCAUUGCCGGAUUGGCUCAAAUGUAAAGGUAGUGAAUUCUGUUGUCAUGAACCAUGUUACAAUUGGCGACGGUUGUACAAUCCAAGGUUCCAUUGUAUGCAGUAACGUUCAGCUCCAAGAACGUGUUGUCCUGAGGGAUUCCCAAGUUGGGGCAGGCUUUGUGGUCACCGCCGGCAGUGAAUAUAAGGGAGAAUCAUUGGCAAAAAAGGAGAAACAGUGAUGUUUUCAGUUGGUUCAUAGACGAUGAUCAACACUGCUGCUCAACUCUCAGUGCUGUUUCCUUACAGAAGGGGGAAUUCACAGUCAUCUAUCUACUCGAUUCAUAAUCUCAUAGGCAGAUAUAAAGUUAUGUAUUUCCUUCCUAGUAUACUCUGUGUUCUUAAUGGUUGACAUUUUUGUCCUUUUAUAUACGUUUUUGUAGUACUUCCGUAGCUGUGUAUACAUGCAAACACCUUCAGCUAAUUGUGGAGGGUUUACAUCCCAUAUCAGAUUAUCAGAAGUCUUUCCGUAGAAUAUUAGUGAAGGAAUUUAAUCAUACCAAUAACCUCAUCCCCCA